UCAAAUCUCUCUCAUGGUUUCAACUUUGGACUUUCUCUGGGUUGUUUCUGUGUGUGUUUUUCUAUUUUUUAUGCGUAAGACUUGCAGAGAUUGUCUAAUCAGUGUCCUUUUGUCGAUGUUUUUCUCCGAGGAAGAAUUUUUCCAUUUCGUUUUCUUGCUGCAGGAGAGAUCCAAGUGGCUCUGGAACUUUAUCUGUUGUUGAUUUGUUUUCCUGGACUCUUCUGAUUUUUCCCCAUUUUAGAUCUUGAUCUGCCAGUUCGUGCUGUACUGUUCCAGGUUUUGACUUCACGAACUGCUUGGUUUGCACUGCACUGUGUCCUGCGAUCCGACUAAAACUGUUUGGUUUCCCUGUCGAUUUUUGCAAUAAUUUUUGAAUUUUAUUUGAUUUUCCGAAUGACUCCAAUCCUCGCAAAACAGACUUGUUCGAUUCUCGUUGUUCAUGCACGCGCGGAAUCAUCGUGACUCCGCAACCGCCGCCUCGCUGGCCAUGUGCGCCUUUCCGAGAGAAAAAAAGGGGCGAUUUUUUUCGAUCAGCAAUGUCCCCAAAAUUCGGAAGCCCUAAUUUCCGGUUCAAAUUUGAAAUCCCCUAUCCGUGAUUCUCUUCCUAAAUCUCGGCGCCUCGAGGCCUUACCCCUCGUCGCCGUGAUGCGCUGCGCAGGGUCAGGUGAGAGCUACAGGCUCGCUGAGAUGGACUUCGAGUACGUCCCCGCGUCCCCCGGCAGCAGGUGUGUGGGCGAGUCGGCGGCCCGGCGGCGGCAGCGCCGCCUCUUGUCACCGUCGCUGAGGGCCUACCUCACGCCGGCCUUCGACGCCGUGGCAGCCGGCGAGGGCGGCCUGUCCGGGUACUCCUCCUCGUCGUCCUCGGGCGGGCUGGACCUCGGGUUCGACGCCUCGCUCCUCCGCUACCGCCGCGCCUGCUUCGCCGCGUCCGCGGACCUGGAUAGCCGCCUCCUCCUCUACUCCCCGCAGUCAGCGCCACCGCAGCCGCCGCCGCAGGUGAGGGCGGCGUACCCGGCGGCAAACGAUGGGGUUUGGGUCGCUGGCGGCAGCCGCUACGGCUCCAAACCUGAGGGCGGCGGGUUUACUGGUACACCAGGUUUUCAGGAUUUCAUCUCGCCAUGGCAGACAAGUGCCGAUCUUCCUACUGCAGCUCGAGGCGCUUCCAACCCCAUCAAGCUAGCAGCCGACCUCCGAUCACCAGAAGGCACCAUCCUAGCAGCCAAGGCAGAGCUUUCGACACCAAAGCUGGAAGCUACACCUUCAGCUCAGGCGACAUCUGCAGAGCCAGAACAAACCGAGGAGGACGAUGACCGCAUAACUAAAGCUCUUUAUUGUCACAGUGGUAAACGCAGGCUGCCCAUUUUCAGGGAAAUCUGCCCGGAAUGAGUACAAGUCCAUCCUCAACAUGGAUAUUCGAUUCCCUUCGCCCUGUAUAUCCUGUGUACUGUCCUGUGUUCAUAGGCCUCGUAUGUAGUAAUUACUCGGAAGUCUGGACGAUUAUUUCUAGUUUCCUAGGGGAGAAUCUCUCUUCUCUUGAGCUCUUCUUUAAGCGAGGAAAUUAUGCUAUACUUGAGUAAGCCGGCAAUUGACCCGUUUGCUUGCCGUUUGUUUGGAGGUAAACCCUGGUAUGAAUUGGCAAAUGAAUUUCCCUCUAUCUUUACCGUUGAUGUAAUCUUGAGCAGUGCAAGCUUGGUAUCUCUGCUCCAGGAAGUAUUCCAUGAUACAGUGGCCAUUUAUUUCGUCACUCUUGACAUUUCAUCUGCAUUCCUGCAAAGUGCUUUUA